AGAAAGGCAACAAUCGAAACAACCAAACCAUGAUAUUAAAAGUAAUUCAGGAUCGGUUUCUUUAUCCGAAAUCACUUGAGAAAUGGAUACUGGCAUCAAUUGGACACAAAUGGAGGGACUACAAAUGCUUAUUGAAAGGAAAGUGGUAUGAUGAUGAUAAACAUAUAACCAUAUUGCAUGAUAACUGUCCUGAAGAUGUGGAAAAGAAUCAAUGGAUUAGUCUCGUCAACUUUUGGAAGUCAGAUGAAGGACAGAAGAGAAGCAAAACUAGUAAAGAUUCGCUUAAGAAAGCUAAGGCGAAGCCAAUUUCUACCACUGGUACUAAAAGUCAUGCUCGUGUUCGUGAGGAGAUGAAACAACGGUUAAACAAGAGCCCAACACGAACUCAGGUUUAUUUAGAAUGUCAUCAACAUGAUGAUGAGGCAGAAAUAACGAGUCAAAUUAAGAAUAUCGUUGCUGAGAUAGGUGACCAGGAAGUGAGCUUAGAUGAUGAUCCGGUUUCCAAGGUUUUAGGUAAAGAUCAAUAUGGUCGUGUUCGUGGUUUAGGACUUGGUGUGAAGCCAUCAGAUUUUGCAAACCCCUCACGCCCACCAUAUUGUAAUGGCUUAAAUAUGUCCUCAAGUGAUGAAACAACGGCUUUGUAUUAUAUUCGCCAACUAAAACAGUCCAUGCAAAGAUUGAAGAAGCGUGUCAAAAAGCA